AUGGUUGCCGCCCUCCGAUCCGCUGCUGCUUCGCUCGUCCGAGCUCGUGCUCCUUUGGCCAUCGCUCGCCAGGCUGCCCCCGUCGCCCGCGCUGCCAUCGUCACUCCCCGUUUCGCACCCGUCCGAUUCUACGCAGCCUCGGCAGGUCUUGCCAAGUCCGACAUCGAGACCAGGAUCGUUGAUGUUUUGAAGACUUUCGAGAAGGUUGACCCCAGCAAGGUCUCCGCUACUUCGUCCUUCACCUCUGACCUCGGUUUGGAUUCCCUUGACGCCGUCGAGGUCGUCAUGGCCAUCGAAGAGGAGUUCACAAUCGAGAUCCCCGACGAGGAGGCUGACAACAUCACCACUGUUCAACAAGCCAUCGACUACAUCGCCAAGACCCCCGAGGCCGUGUAA